AUGUGUGUUUUUUCAGUGAGCGCAUUUACAUGUGCCUCGUUUUUCGGCUGUGGACUACGUUCGGUAUAUCGGCACACAAAAGGAGAACGCUUAAAGAAUAUACGUAGUGGAUUUGGGCUUGGUUUACGUGCAUUUGGGAUUGCUACAGUACUCUCGGUAUCCGGUGUUGGAUUACUGAUUGUCGUAGUGUCCGGGGCACUGGGCGUUGAUUCGGCACAGCAGUUCGGUCAAAGAAUGACCGAUUUAUGCGGCGAUCGUUUCCGUAUCGAUCAGAGAGAAAGCGUUGCAACAUUCACUGAGGUAUUUUUCCCUUGA